AUGGCCAGGGGACCUCCAUUCUUAACAUCACAACGUCGCCAUCUAUCUUUCCAGAAUACAUCCAGGAUGUCUGCAUCAGACAAGCCCUCCAAGUUCAGCCACCUGCCCCGCGCUGCCGUGGGCCCCUUGAUAUGUCCUCACGAGGGACGAGGCCUCUUGGAAUCCUGCCAAUUCAACAAAGGAUCCUCCUUCCCGAAAGAAGAACGUCAAGCAUUCAGGCUUACAGGCUUACUACCCCCAAAUGUUCAGACAUUGGAGGAACAGGUCCAGCGAGCUUAUGAGCAGUAUAGCAGCCGGGAAAGUGAUAUCGCGAAAAACACAUUUAUGGCCAGUAUGAAGCAACAGAAUGAGGUCCUGUACUACAAGCUGUUAGAGACUCAUCUCAAGGAAAUGCUCAGUAUCAUAUACACGCCAACUGAAGGCGAUGCGAUACAGAACUAUUCCCGCCUAUUCAGGAAGCCAGAGGGGUGUUUUUUGAAUAUCAAAGAACAGGACAGGAUCGAAGAAUGCCUCGCCAACUUCGAGAGCGACGUUGAAACUGACUACAUCGUCGUUAGUGACGGAGAAGAGAUUCUUGGCAUCGGUGACCAAGGUGUAGGCGCCAUUUUGAUCUCAGUCGCCAAGUUGGCAUUGACAACCAUCUGUGCGGGAAUCCACCCAUCGCGACAGCUGCCUGUGGUCUUAGACUGCGGUACCGAUAAUGAGACUUUGCUCAAAGAUGACCUGUACCUGGGACUUAGACAACCGCGCGUGAGGGGCAAAGAGUAUGACGACUUUGUGGAGAAGUUUGUGACAGUUGCAAAGCAGAAGUUUCCGAAGGCAUAUAUCCAUUUCGAAGACUUUGGUCUCCAUAAUGCCAAGCGCAUCCUUGACAAGUUCCGCUCUCAGAUCCCAUGUUUCAACGAUGAUAUCCAGGGGACAGGGUGUGUGACAUUGGCUGCUUUGAUGGCUGCGUUGCAUGUCAGCAAGGUCAAGAUGGAAGAUGUGCGUGUGGUUGUUUACGGGUCCGGAUCUGCUGGCACCGGUAUUGCCGCGCAGAUCGCGGACACGAUUGCUACCGAGGCGAGUAAGUCGAGGGAAGAAGCGUCAAAGCAAAUAUGGUGUCUCGAUAAGCCCGGGCUUCUUCUUAAAUCACUGGGGGAUCAAUUGACGCCGGCCCAGGUGCCAUUCGCAAGGGAUGACGAUGAAUGGUCACCUGAGGAGCCCCGAGAUUUGCUGGCCGUGGUGAAAAAGGUGCAACCACAUGUGUUGAUCGGUACUUCUACUAAACCCAAAGCCUUCACAGAAGAGAUUAUUCGCGAAAUGGCCAGGCACAUUGAGAUACCAAUCGUGUUCCCUCUCAGCAACCCAACACGCCUGCACGAAGCGUGUCCCGAGGAUAUAAACCGUUGGACGGAUGGCAAGGCUUUAAUGGCUACGGGUAGUCCGUUUCCGCCAGUUGAACGGAAUGGAGGGAAGUACGAGAUUGCUGAGUGCAACAACUCUACUUGUUUCCCUGGAAUCGGACUUGGAGCGGUCCUCUCACGAACACGCGUCUUGUCAGACAAGAUGCUUGUCGCAGCAGUAAAGGCGUUAGCUAUGCGGUCCCCGGCGCUCCAGAAUCCUAAGAAGCCACUGCUCCCAGACGUUCAGGACGUCCGAGAAAUCAGCGUCGACAUUGCGAAAGCUAUCAUCAAAACCGCAGUGGAGGAAGGACACGCAGAGGAGACAGGAAUUCCUACGGAUGACCAGGAAUUAAAUGAAUGGAUCCGGAUUCAGAUGUGGGAGCCGAAGUACAGGCCGUUGGUGCGACCACACCUGGAGUAA